AUGCCUGCACCGACCGGUGCCGAUACGAUCAGAAUUCUUGUCUCGACCGACAACCAUGUCGGGUACAAUGAACGAGAUGCUAUUCGGGGCGAUGACAGCUGGAAGAGCUUUCAUGAGGUAAUGUGUCUGGCCAAAGACCGUGACGUCGACAUGGUUCUGUUGGCGGGCGACUUGUUCCACGACAAUAAGCCAUCGAGAAAGUCUAUGUACCAGGUCAUGAGGUCCUUGCGGAUGAACUGCUACGGCGAGAAGCCCUGCGAGCUGGAAAUGCUGAGCGAUGCAUCGGAGAACUUUCAAGGAGCCUUCAACCAUGUCAAUUACGAAGAUCCAGACAUCAACGUCGCAAUUCCAGUCUUUUCUAUCCAUGGAAACCAUGAUGACCCGUCAGGAGAAGGCCAUUUAGCUGCUCUUGAUUUACUCCAGAUCUCGGGGUUAUUGAAUUACUAUGGCAGGACCCCCGAGUCCGAUAACAUAAACGUAAAACCAGUUCUACUGCAGAAGGGGCGUACCAAGUUGGCUUUAUACGGCAUGAGCAAUGUACGAGAUGAGCGAUUGUUCAGAACCUUUAGAGACGGAAAAGUCAAGUUCUUCCGGCCAAGCACCAUGAAGAAUGACUGGUUUAAUCUUAUGAGCGUACAUCAAAAUCAUCACGCAUAUACGCAAACCGGAUACCUCCCGGAGAAUUUUCUGCCCGAGUUCCUUGAUUUAGUCGUAUGGGGCCACGAACAUGAGUGCCUCAUUAAUCCGCGGCUCAACCCGGAAACUUCAUUCCACGUUAUGCAGCCCGGCUCCUCUGUUGCAACCUCCCUCGUACCAGGGGAAGCAGUGCCUAAAUAUGUGGCGAUUUUAAGUGUCACUGGGAAAGACUUCAAAGUUGAACCGAUACGGCUAAAAACUGUCCGCCCUUUUGUGAUGAAGGAGAUUGUUCUUCAAGACGAUAAGAGGAUGCAGGCCCUAGCCAAAAAGGAUAACAAUCGAACUGAGCUCACCCGAUACCUUAUGGGUAUCGUCGAAGGUCUAAUAAAGCAAGCUGAAAAAGAAUGGUUCGAAGCACAAGAAGAAGCCGGUGACGAAGAAAGGCAAGAAGCCCCGCUUCCUCUCGUAAGACUCCGAGUCGAAUAUACUGCCCCAGAAGGUGGCAAAUUUGAUUGCGAAAACCCUCAGCGAUUUUCAAAUCGAUUUGUCGGUAAAGUCGCCAAUGUAAAUGACGUUGUGCAAUUUUACCGCAAGAAAACAAUUUCCGCUAGGAAAUCCAAGGACGAGCCCGACUUACCAGAAGAGUCUGUCAUCGCACAACUUACGAUCGACAACGUCAAAGUGGAAAAGCUGGUACACGAAUUCCUCAUGGCCCAGUCGCUCACUAUCCUUCCCCAAAACUCCUUCGGAGAUGCAGUCAGUCAGUUUGUCGACAAGGAUGACAAACAUGCAAUGGAGAUGUUCGUCAAUGAAAGCUUGUCCAAUCAAAUUAAACAUUUGAUGGCAAUGAACCAGGCCGAUGAGCACGACAUAAUGCAAGCUAUGGACCAGCACCGGUCCAAGUUGGAGGAGCUUUUCUCUGCAGGUGUUCUUAAAAAGACGAAAAAGGCCAAGCUCAAGCCCAGACCCGACAACUGGGACUCAGAUCUGGACGGUGACUGGGCGGAUCAGCCAGGGGCUUUAAUCCAUUCGGAAAAUGAGAUGCAGGAAGACGAAGAUGAUGUACCCCCUCUGCGUUCGCCAAAUCGUCCAGCGAGAGGUCGCGGAAGGACCACCGCUUCGGCGACAAGGACAAGUACGGGUGCAAAGAAAACUACAGCGGCCAAACCGGCUGGGACAAGAGGGAGAAAGAAGCCGGUUGAGGAAAGCGAGGAUCAGGAUCAGGACAUCAUCAUGCUAGAGGAGGAUGAUGAGGAAGAGGACCCUCCAUUACCCAAACCCACGUCAAGCCGGGGAAGAGCUACGGCAACACGAGCAAAUAGGAGGGCCGCAUCUCCCGAAAAGCGAACAUCGAGGGCCUCAGCAGCGUCAUCGAUGAGACAAACGAGAUUAAACUUUUCUCAGUCUACGCAGCAGAGUCCAGGCCCUGGCCGGAAGAAGGUGCAAGAACCGAGCGAUGAUGAGAUCUCGGAUGAUGAUGAUGAUGCCUUUGAACCGCCGCCGCCCACAGCCCGAUCUACAACACGUCGCAGAUAG